AUGGAUGAUAUUGUGAAUGCUUAUGAUAGCAGUAGCGACAGUAGUCAUGAUGGAGAAAGCUCAAUAACCACGAGCAAUGUCGACUUUCAAACUCUUAAAGAAAAAUUCAAUUUAAAUAGUACACCACAAAUUUUAAUUAAGGAAAGUGUAAAUAUUAGUCGAAAGAUCGAUAGCCACGCAAAAGAAGUCAGCUAUAAUCCUAAAUAUGAGGAACUGUUUCAACCGGAGGUUGGACCUCUAAAUCCUUUCAAAACCAAGCAGCAAGCGGCACCAAAAAAUACACUCUCAGGCUAUGUAGAAGAUAGUCAUUUCAAUGAUUUCCAGUUUGAAAAUCAAAGAAGGACAUUUUCUACCCACGGUUACGCGUUAGACCCUUCUGUUGGUAAUAGCAAUUCUUCUGGAAAUAACAUUAUCGGCGAUAUCGAUAUGGCCAGUCAAUUAGACGGAAGGACAGUUUUUGAAUCUGGUAAGAGAUUCGGAAUUGAGAAAAGAAAGCGUGGCGAACGAGGAGAUCCAUCGGAUAUUGAUUGUUAUAAAGGUCCUUGGGCAGGCUAUGUUGAUGAGAAUAAAAUUGCAAAACCUACAGAGGAAGAGCAGGCUGUACUUGAUGAUUGGAAAACAGUAACAAGCAAGAAAAAGAAGGAAGAGACUGUUGUCGAUGAAAGAAGCACACUUCACAUAAAAGAUGCAUUGGAUUAUCAAGGGCGAUCUUUCCUGCAUCCUCCUCAAGAUAUGGGAGUUAGACUCAACUCCGAAGAACCACCGGAAAAAUGCUUUUUACCGAAGAAGCAUAUUCAUACUUGGACUGGUCAUACAAAAGGCGUAUCUGCUAUUCGUUUAUUCCCACUUUCAGGUCAUCUGCUUCUGUCCUGUAGUAUGGACAGUAAAAUUAAGCUAUGGGAAGUAUACGGCAAUCGAAGAUGCAUUCGUACUUACCUAGGACAUGACAAAGCUGUUAGGGAUAUCUGCUUUAAUAAUGAUGGCACUGAAUUUUUAAGUGCAGCCUAUGAUCGUUAUAUAAAGCUAUGGGAUACAGAAACUGGUCAAUGUAAAGGCAAAUUUACUAACAAAAGGAUUCCUUACUGUGUCAAAUUUAAUCCGGAAGAGGAUAAACAACAUUUAUUCAUAGCUGGAUUAGCAGAUAAAAAAAUUGUUACGUGGGAUAUGAGAGCUAAUGAAAUUGUGCAAGAAUAUGAUAGGCAUCUUGGUGCUGUUAAUACCGUAACAUUUAUAGAUGACAAUAGACGAUUUGUGAGUACUUCAGACGACAAGAGUUUACGUGUCUGGGAAUGGGAUAUUCCAGUAGAUUCGAAAUAUAUUGCUGAUCCUUCCAUGCAUUCUGUACCAGCUGUAACUCUUUCACCUAAUCAAAAAUGGCUAGCUUGCCAAUCUAUGGAUAAUCAGAUACUGAUAUAUAACGCGCUAAGUAAGAUGAGAAUGAACCGAAAGAAAGUAUUUAAAGGUCACAUGGUUGCUGGAUAUGCAUGCCAAGUUAAUUUUUCACCAGAUGGAAGUUACGUGAUAUCUGGAGACGCAGACGGCAAGUUAUUCAUUUGGGAUUGGAAAUCAACGAAAGUAUAUAGUAAAUUUAAGGCUCAUGAUCAAGUAUGUAUCGGAUGCUGUUGGCUACCUCAUGAAACAUCGAAAGUGAUUACAUGUGGUUGGGAUGGAUUAAUAAAGUUAUGGGAUUAG